UGUGGCACGCUGGAUGGUGCUGAGUCGCAAGCUUUAUUUUUCUCUCGCUAUAUAAAAGCCCGUGGAGCUGUGUGGAGUGUCGCAGUGCUUCUGAUAGUGGUCGGGGAAACAUGAGCUACAUGAUGGAUAACCUAUACGGGCCCGGUUAUUACCGUAAGGGGCAAAUAAGUAUGAGGACAAGGACAACUCCAGUUUCAAGUGGGUUCCACUCUGCGACUUUGUCUCGAAACUCGGUUUCCUCCGGUUACCGGCGCACAGGUGGCGGACACUCUGCUGACAGCUUGGAGUCCUUCAGCGGAGAAACAAGGACCCGCAGCGAGAAGGAGGUUCUUCAGGCCCUUAAUGACCGUUUUGCUGUCUACAUCGAGAAGGUGCGACACCUUGAGCUGCAGAAUAAGCACCUUGAAGCGGAGGCUGCUGCUCUGCGACAAAGUCAAGCCGGGCGCUCAGCCAUCGGCGAGCAUUACGACCGUGAGCUCGGGGACCUGCGAGACACAAUCGCUCAACUGACCCAGGAGAAAACUCAGUUUUUCCUGGAGCAACAGCACAUCGAGGAGGACUUACAGCACCUGCAGACAAGGCUUGAAGAUGAGAUGCGCGGCCGAGGGGACCUUGAAGCUGGAAUCCGUGCUGUGACCAAGUACAUAGAUGAGUCCGGACUGGCGCGUCUGGAACUCGACAAGAAAACGCAGUCUCUGCAGGAUGAGUGCACCUUCCUUAAGAAGAACCACGAGGAUGAUGUGAACGACCUGCUUGAACAGAUCCAGGGUGCUCAAAUGAACGUCGAAUCCCGUGAUCAAGUGAAGGCUGACUUGACCAGUGCCCUCCGCGAAAUCCGCGCACAGCUGGAUGAUCAUGCGUCCAUGAACACAGCGCAGGCUGAGGACUGGUUCAAAGUUCGAAUGGAGAAACUGUCUGACGCGGCCCAUUUCAAUGACGACGCAAUCCGCGCGGCUCAGGAUGAGAUGUCCGAGUACCGGAGGCAGUUGCAGAACCGCAUUGUGGAGCUGGAGACCCUGAAGGGCACCAAGGACUCCCUGGAGAGGCAGCGCUACGAGGUUGAAGACCAUCACCAGGGAGACAUGGCAUCUUUCCAGGAAACCAUUCAUCAUCUGGACAAUGAGCUGAGGGGCACAAAAAUGGAAAUGGCCAGUCAGCUACGGGAAUAUCAAGACUUGCUGAAUGUCAAGAUGGCAUUAGAUAUUGAAAUUGCUGCCUAUAGGAAGCUGCUGGAGGGAGAGGAAACUCGUUAUGUGUCAGGUCUGAGUCCAUACUCCUACCUGGAAGGGAAGAUCACCUCUCACACAAAGGAAGACAAAGCAAUUGAAGAGGAAAAUGAGGAGGCUGAAGAGGCAGGAGACGAUGAGGGAGAAGGAGGAGAAGAAGAAGUAGAAGAAGAGGGUGAGAAGGAAGGAGAAGAAGAGGCUGCUGAGGAUGCAGAGGAAGAGGAGGCCAAAUCCGAUGAAGAGAAAGGAGGUGAGGAGGAAGAGGAAGAGGGCGAGGGGGAGAAGGUAGAGGAGGGCAAGGAGGCGGAGGGAGGUGAAGAAGGGGCUGCAGAAGAGGAGGAUGAAACUUCAAAGUCUCCUACCAACGAAAAAUCUGAGAAGGAUUCAACUUCACCGGCUCCCAAAUCUCCUCAAGUUAAGACUCCCACUUCCAAGUCUCCUGACAGCAAGUCUCCCAAAGCAAAGUCACCUGCUACAAAAUCUCCAGAAUCCCAGUCUCCUAAACCCAAAUCUCCUGAAUCUAAGUCACCUGGCACCAAGUCACCUGGCACCAAGUCACCUGGCACCAAGUCACCACCCAAAACACCUCAAUCCAAGUCUCCACCCAAAUCACCUGCACCAGAGAAGAAUAAAUUACCCACAUCCAAGUCUGCUGACUCAAAACCCGCUGCGAAGAAAUCCCCAGAGUCCAAGGCCACUGUGGAGGAGAAACCCAAGAGUAAGGGCACGCCAGCAGCAGAGAAGAGUGCGCCAAAGGAGGAGCAGGCUGAAGCCGAGGACAAAGAUCAGGCAGAGGAGGAAUCAAAGGAGGAAGCAGAGAAGGAAUCAAAGGAGGAAGUUGAGAAGGAUGCAACCCCCAAGACUGAUGACAAAAAGGAUGCGUCCAAGUCUCCUACAAAGGAACAAUCUCCAGCAAAAAAAGAUGAAGAGAAGCCAGCCACUCCAAAGACUGAAGGUAAGCCCAAGGAGGAGACAAAGCCCGCCGCCAAACCAGCGCCAGAGAAAAAAUCUGACAAAACUGAUUCCAAGAAGGAGGAUAAAAAGGCCGAGGUGGAGGAGGCCAAAGACACCCCUGCAGCAAAAACAAAAGAGGCGGCAAAAACAGAGAAAGCAGAGAAGUCUCCAGACACCAAAACAAAGGAGGCAAAGGCCACUGAUGAGAAGUCAAAGAAGUAAGGUCCAAGAAGAGUAUGAGGGGGAGGAAUGGAGAAAAAACAGCAGAGCCUUGAGCCACGGGCGGUGUAACAAACUUCCUGUGAAAAGGACAAGCAAUAGUUUCAUAAAGCAAGGAAUGAUCGCUUCAAUGUAUGAUUGUAGUCAAUGCAGAAUGCUCUUAAAUUCGGUCAGCGUGCUGACUGUCCUUUCAAGUGCAUUAAAAUGUCCAAUUUGCUGGGAAAAUUCAUGACAAGAAAACGUAUAUGAACACACCACUCAUGAUAGCACUAUUACCCUGUACAUGCUGGUCAGGAUUCCUCUAAGAAUGUGACGUUAAAAAAUAUUAUAUUUGUUGAUAUGCAAAAGUAUAUUUACUAAUAAAUAAAUGAGACUAUUUACUAAUUUACAAGGCAAGUUGAGACUAAAGAAAUGUUUAUCGCGCACUUUAAACAGAAUCACGAAUGCAAUGAUACUCCACAACUUGAAUGCUAUACUGCUGGGAACAUUCACAAAGUGAUGUAUUAAUAAAAGCAGAGCCAGAGAAAUAUUUAAUCACC